ACGGGCAUGGCGGGCUUCCGGGCCGAGCCGCCGAGACCCCUGCCCCGGAGGCUGGCCGGCAGCCUCUGCGCGCCGCGAUGGGACUCGGAUCGCUAACAGCCAGGAGAAAUAGAGUGGAAAAUGCAAAACAACGAAAUCAUAAAACCUGCCAAAUACUUCUCGGAAUUGGAAAAGAGCAUCCUGCUUGCUUUGGUAGAAAAGUACAAAUAUGUGCUGGAAUGCAAGAAAAGCGACGCGCGAACUAUUGCACUCAAGCAGCGCACCUGGCAGGCGCUUGCGCACGAAUACAACUCUCAGCCGAGCGUGUCACUGCGGGAUUUCAAGCAGCUGAAGAAGUGCUGGGAGAACAUCAAGGCUCGGACCAAAAAGAUUAUGGCCCAUGAGAGGAGAGAGAAGGUGAAACGGAGCGUCAGCCCUCUUCUGAGCACCCACGUCCUGGGGAAGGAGAAGAUCGCCAACAUGCUGCCGGAGCAGCUGUACUUCCUGCAGAGCCCUCCUGAAGAGGAGCCCGAAUACCACCCUGACAGCGCGGCCCCAGAAUCAUUUGCUGUUUCAAAUAGAGAACUGUGCGAUGAUGAGAAAGAGUUCAUACAUUUUCCAGUGUGUGAGGGGACCUCUCAACCUGAACCCUCGUGUUCAGCUGUCAGAAUCACAGCCAAUAAACACUACAGGAGCAAAACCUCUCAGGAAGGUGCUUUAAAAAAGAUGCAUGAGGAAGAACACCAUCAACAAAUGUCCAUCUUACAGCUGCAGCUGAUACAAAUGAACGAGGUGCAUGUGGCCAAAAUCCAGCAGAUAGAGCGGGAGUGUGAGAUGGCAGAGGAGGAGCACAGGAUAAAAAUGGAAGUUCUCAAUAAAAAGAAGAUGUAUUGGGAAAGAAAACUACAAACUUUCACCAAGGAGUGGCCUGUCUCCUCAUUUAACCGGCCCUUUCCCAAUUCACCCUAAGACUGCGGGGGCGGCUCCCCUGUAACCGAUCCGGAACGUGAACUCGCGGUCAGGAACUCGUAACAGAGCUACAACUAGGAAACUUAAGAGUGGUAGUAGUCUCGUAUUUAAGAAUACAUUCAGGUGAACAGCCGCACCCCGUGUCCCCCGUCAGUGGCAAAGAAGCUGUUCCAGUCUCCUGAAAAUGAUCCCUACGAGUGCUAGAAUUCUGAAUGUAAUGUCUCUUAAAAUUAGAAUUCAUACAAGAACCAUGUGCGAGUGUUGUUGUUGUAUUUUUUUAAUCAGAUUGUAAGUGUGACUAUAAAGAAGUGUGGCUGGUUUUUUUUUUUUUUUUUUAAGUAGACAGCAGAACUUUUCUCUCCAAAUGAAUCGGCUGCUGUUGAAAGCGGCUGAGAGCCCCGGGAGGCCACACGUUGCUUCUGCGGUGGUAGGGCUGUUGCUCAGAGCUCGCUGGAGGUCUUUAGGGGACCUCCCUGAGAGCCAUGCACACAGCACCUCUUGUUUUUUUGUUUUGUUUUUGUUUUUGUUUUCCAGUGGCGUUCUUUGAGUGGCUUUCCCAAUUUUAAACAGUCCAGCAUUUGGAAGGAUAUUUUCUAAUGUGGCUCAUAAGCUGCCUUUGAAGGCCUUUCCCUAAAUAGUGGCUCCAACAGUUGUAGCUUUGGUGGAACUAAAGCUGUAACUGCUUUGAGGGAGACACGUUCAUUUAGAUUUCUACGAUCUGUCAUGUCUCUUUUAUUAAAAGAUAAGACUUGCAAUUUUAUA